AUGCUAACAAACAACCAAGAACUUGUUUCAAUCAUUCUUGAUUCGAAUUUUAAAAGCGAUUCGUUGAAAUCAAUCUUUGGAAAUUAUUUAAUUAAUCAACAAGAAUUAAAAUAUUUACACAUUCUCGCCUUUGUCUAUUCCAACAAUUACAAGAAUACUAAUUACAACCAUAGCAGCAGUCGAGUCAGAACUUUAGAAAAUCGAGAAUUGAUCAAACUUUGUUUGCAUAAAUGUGGAACUUUUAUCAAAUUAUUGGAAGAUAAAUUCCGAAAUGAUAGAGAAUUGGCAUUGAUUGCUGUUAAGAGUAACUCGAAUGCCUACACGUUUAUUUCGAGAGAUUUGCAGGAUGAUGAAGAAAUUUGCAUGGAAACCUUGUUGAAUGCUAAUUUUGGAACUGGGUUCAAUACACUGGAAUUGAUUUUUACAAAAUUUCCAGGAUUUGGUUUGCAUGAAGAUGUUUUAUUGCAUAAUUUGCAGUUCAGUGCUGAUUUGUUGAGAUUUGCUGAUCGGUCAUUGGUUGGAAACAAGGAAUUUAUGAUGAAAGCUGUCAAGGUUAAUGCAAAUUCUAUUCAAUAUGCUUCUCCACAAAUACGAAAUGAUGAAGAAGUGGUGAUGGAAGCUGUUUUAUUACAACCUCAUGUAAUAUUUGGUAUCCAUUCAACUAAUCCAGAUUUUAUUUUGAAAUAUAUUGAGAAAAGUCAAAUACCAACAAUACUGAAAUUUGUUGAUUGGGACAUACGAAAUAAUCGAAAUAUUGUUUGGGAAAUUAUUAAGAAAAAUCCAUCAGAGUUUAAAUAUGCAAGUUAUGAACUCAAAGGAAACGACAGAGAAAUCGUUGAAUAUGUAGUUCAAAUAGAUGGCCAACUCCUGUUGGAAUAUGUAGAAGAACCACUCAUUCAAGAUAGAGACAUAGUUCAGCUAGCUAUUCGAAACAACCCAAUGGCUAUCAGAUUUGCAAACUAUUUUCAAAAUGAUAGAGAAAUUGUCGAAUUGGCCCUUUCCAUGAAUAAAGAUGCAAUUCAAUUUGCAUCGAAGAGAUUGAGAGAAGAAAUUGAAUAUCAAUCUCAAUUAGACAAUGAUUUAUAUGGAAAUGAAACAGUUUCCAAAUCAGAUAAUCAUGAGGUUGAUAAUGAUCUUUAUGGAAAUGAAUCAGUUUCGAAUAUUUUAAAUGAUGAAAUAAUUCCACAAGAUUUUAAUCUAAUUUACUAUCGAGAGAAAAUGUUAGAAUCCAUCAAAUGGAAUGAAUCUUAUUUGAAGAGUGUUGAGAAUUCCCUUGAUUUGAAUCGAUCUUUCAUAAGAGAUUGUAUUCGAAACAAUAAGAAUUGUCUAUUAUUCAUUAGAAAUCACUUUUUAAUGGAUAAAGAAUUUAUCCUCUUUGCAUGUUCCAACUAUUCCAUUCAAGAUUUUUCAUGUGAGUUCUAA